AUGAUGAGGAGAGGAGAAGACGGAAGUCACACUGGUGUGGCAGUCGAGCCUUUCAUGCUGCCAAAGAUACCAAACAUUGGUAUUAGUUUUGAGCAGCAGGAGGAGAAGAAGAGGAAGAGGGAGAGGUCUGAGAUGGAGCCGGAGGUGAUGGACCAGUUUCACCCCAACAUCAAGGUAGAGGUGGAGCAACAAGGAGACCGGCCUGUCAGGGCUUGCAGGACAGCCCCGGAGAGUGAGUGCACCCCUCGACAGCAGCUCCUGGAACACUUCCUGCGCCAGCUUCAGAGGAAGGAUGCCCAUGGGUUCUUCACUUUCCCAGUGACAGACGCCAUCGCUCCAGGUUACUCUGUGAUAAUCAAACACCCCAUGGAUUUCAGCACCAUGAACGACAAGAUCACAGACAACGAGUACAAAACCGUCACAGAGUUCAAGGCCGACUUCAAGCUGAUGUGUGAUAAUGCCAUGGUGUAUAACCGUCCGAGACCGUUUACUACAAGGCUGCCAGAAACUGCUGCACACUGGCUUCAAGAUGAUGAGCAAA